AUGGAAUUCGUGCGAAAUUUGAAACGAUUAUCAUACAAAAAGGGUAGCGUUGGAGGGCUACCAAGGACGAAUAGCCUAUAUGAAACAGAUUCUGAAAAGAAAUUGAAUUUUACUCCAAAAAAUCGAAAACGAAGACUAAAUUAUGCUAAAAUAAUCUUUGGAUUCUUCGUCAGUUUCCUCAUUUUAUUCCUCAUGCUCAAUUUUGAAUUCAAUGCAUCAAAAUUGAACAAGACAAUUAUAGACAUUGCACAAAAAACCAUAAAUUUAAGCGAUCAAGAAUACUACAAUUUCGAUUUUGAAGAUAUCGAUCCAACUGUGAUCCAAAAAUUCGACCAAGGUGCUCAACAUUACUUAAUUUCGCAAUUCGGUACCGAUGUUCUGACUCCAGAAGACCAGGAAAUUUAUGAAAGGGAAAUGAAUAUGUUAUAUGAUUCUACUAUAGAGACAUACGAUCUACAGGACUUCGGUGGUAACCCAAAUGGAGCAGAAAACAGAGACCACGUAUUGUUGUGUAUUCCAUUAAGAGAUGCAAGUCAUGUUUUACCACUUAUGUUCAGGCAUUUAAUGAAUCUAACUUAUCCUCACGAAUUAAUCGACUUGGCUUUCCUAGUCAGUGACUGCUCAGAAAACGAUAACACUCUGGAUGCAUUGAUAGAAUUUUCCAAAAAUUUACAGAAUGGUACUCUAUCGCAGGUCCUCAAUGAAAUUGAUGCUUUUACUAAGGAAGAAACUUCAACUAAAUCAAACUUGCAUUUAAAAUAUAUGGACCCUGAAUAUUUAAAGAGAGUGCAGAAAGCUUUCAGUCCACCCUUCCACGAGGAUUAUGAUAAGCCUUUUAGAUCAGUUCAAAUUUUUGAAAAGAAUUUUGGACAAAUUAUUGGACAAGGUUUCAGUGACAGACAUGCCGUUAAAGUUCAAGGUAUUAGAAGGAAACUUAUGGGCCGUGCAAGAAAUUGGUUAACAGCCAAUGCCUUGAAACCUUACCACUCUUGGGUUUACUGGAGAGAUGCUGACAUUGAGUUAUGUCCCGGAUCCGUUAUAGAGGACUUGAUGGCAAAGGAUUAUGACGUUAUAGUUCCAAACGUCUGGAGACCCCUUCCGGCUUUCCUUUCGGGAGAACAACCAUACGAUUUGAAUUCCUGGAGGGAAUCUGCUGAAGCUCUAAAGCUUGCACAGACAUUAGAUGAAGAUGAUGUUAUAGUCGAAGGUUAUGCUGAAUAUCCCACAUGGAGAGUUCAUUUAGCUUAUAUUCGUGAUCCCCAAGGAAAUCCAGACGAAGUUGUUGACAUCGAUGGAGUAGGAGGUGUGUCGAUUCUUGCAAAGGCUAAAUUAUUCAGAAGUGGGGUACAGUUUCCAGCAUUUACAUUUGAAAAUCAUGCAGAAACUGAGGCAUUUGGAAAAAUGGCCAAGAAAAUGGGUUAUAAGGUCGGUGGACUCCCUCAUUAUACAUUAUGGCACAUUUAUGAACCAAGUGAUGAUGAUUUGAAAGAAAUGGCAAAUAAAGAAAGAGAAGAAAGAAGAUAA